AUGGACCGAGGCUACGGAUCAGGUUAUUCUGGUUGGGGAGGUGGUGGUCCAGGCGGCAGAGGAACACAUGCUGAUUCAAUCAUCGCCAAGAUCAACGAGCGUCUGGAUAUGCUAUCACAGUUGGAGGGUGGUGUGAAGACUGAAAGGAGGUAUGACCACUUUGAGUCAAUGGACUCACGCUCUUCCAUGGCCUCCUCCCGAGAUCUCUACAGAUCUGGUGGCUAUGGUUUCGGGGCUGACAGAGGUGACAACAUGCUGUUGGCUCACCGUGGAGGCUCUGGCUUCGGAGGAGGGAUGGGGGUGGGCUCAGGGGCAGGCUAUGAUGACUUUUCCUCAUAUGGAGUUGCUAAGAUGCGACCAAAUAUGAGGGAGCCAUUCGGCGGUGGCCAGGGAGCCAGCUCUGGAGGAUGGGCUUCAUCCAACCGCCACAGCCCCCGACGGGGCGGCAACACGGGGGGCUUCGGCGGUCACAGGGGCCACUCUCCAGGAGGUGGUAGAGGCAAGCUCCCAUCUCUCCUGUCCAACCGCAUGUACCCUGAGAGCGGAGGCUUCCACCAGGGCCCUCAUGACUUCUCCGGCAGGAAUUUUGGAGGGGGCCCACGAGCUGGCCGCCAGCGCAAGAGACCCCUUAAUAAACAGGUCAAACAACAGCCCCAGAAGAAAAAGAAGAAGGGGCCACCUGAAGGAGAUGAGCCCGAGUCCAAGAUCAACAAGACGGAGUCGACAGGAGCCGAUUCUGCUGCUGGGGGUGGUUCAGAGCCACAAGACAAGAACGGACAUGGGGAUGAGUCCAAGCCUGCACAGAGCACAGCUGCUGCAGACACAGCAGAAAAAGCUGAAGCAAAGACGGAGGGCGGAACGCCACAAAACAAAGGCCCAAGCCAUCACAAGCAGAUGAAGAACAGGAGGGGAUUCAUUGACCGGCUGAUGUACACAUGCUCCGUGUGCAAGCUGCGCUGUUUCUACAAGGAGGACCUGGAAGCUCAUCUGGAAAGCCGCUUCCACAAAGACCACUUCAAAUACUUGCAGAGUCAGCUGACCAAGCCCACUGUAGACUUCCUGCAGGGCUGGCCCGGAGGACGUGACCGGGCGCCGAGCUGGGCGCUGGCAGCUGGGUGGGCCACCCCAGAUCCAACACAGAGGAGCACCACAUCCGCGACCUGGAGAGAGAGCACCACGACGCAUGAUGCAAGCAGAGGCAGACAUGAGGUCUGCCUCGCUUGUGGGCCCGGCAGCAGCGGCAGGCGCGGGAGUCGGCGGCCCAUCCGUGAUUGGAGCACGGCAGAGAAACGCGGCAGUGGCUCCGGAGAGACGCGGGACGCAACGGUGGCUCUGGAGAGACGCGGGACGCGACGGUGGCGCGCCGGUGGCCCCGGAGAGACGCAGGACCUGGCGGAGGCCCCCCGAGAGGCGAACCCCCUCCCCAGUGAUGGAAAGGCACAGGUGUUCCGAACUAGCAGGGACUGCUAUUGUUAA